AUGCAACUGGCCACCCAGAAGCUGCUGGGUUCACACUCUACGUUAUCCCUUCUCAGUACUCUCAUUGUGACUCCAGCUGGACUCGAUAAACUGCAAUUGGACGAAAAAUGCCUACGGUGCGCAGUGCGCGAUGCGAGGUGUCAGGAGAGUAAAGCUUCUUCAGCGAAAUUUUCAGCGGAAAUCGAUUUUGCGACCCGUUGCAGACCGGUACGAAGAGCUCAAUUUGCGAAACCACUUAGCAGUCGACCUACAGCUCCUCAGAGAAGACAACAUGGAUCCUCCCUUAAUUUCCAGCGCCAUAUUAAUACAAAACCGGUAUUACAAGACUACACGAGCCCGCACCAUGGAAAGAGAACAGAUCCAUCUUCCUGUCGGCUCUCGAAUUAUUUGAACGAAUGCGCAGCCUUUCGGUCCGCGGACUGGGCUUUGGACCCCGAAAAGCUCAAAUUUGAAUCGGAUGUUGGUCAUUCUAGAGAUAUUGGGAGCAAGUUGAUUGACGACCCUCACUUCGCAAAUGAUUUUGAGCUGUGGAAGCUGCUGCUUCUUUAUCGCAAACGGCAUGACGGCGAUGAUGGCGUAAUUGAUAUUUGGAGAGGGCUGAGGGAGAGAGGGGAGCCAGUGGAUCUACCGGUGGAAGGCGAUUAUGCUUCGUUUCUUUGGAAAAACUUUAUCACUGUUGGGUGGAAACGAGAUGAUUUUUUAAGCGAAAUACAUUCUUACGCCACUGAGCUUUAUGAACGAUCGGGGAAGGUGUGGGACAGGGAAAAAUAUUACAAAUCUGUUGUUGUUGGAUUAUUCAAAAAAGGCCUAUUUGCGAAGGGAAUGGAGUGGCACAAAAGGUUAAAAGACACACAUCUGUCAAACCCAAAUGCUAUAUUACUACAGCUAUUUGAGUCCGCCGCCUCGAUUGACGGCGGUUUAAGAGCGUUUAGGAAAAUAUGCAGGACCUUCGAUAAUCAUCACGUCUAUUCUGCUGCCAUGCCACAACUUUCAGGGGCUGGAAGGAUGCCUGAUGCUUUGGCGAUGCAUGAUUUCUUCUUACAACGGAACGAUCUGCCCCGAACCGUACAGGACGUUAAGCCUUUAAUUCAAUAUCUGCAGUGCUAUGGGACGAAGGCAGAAAACCAGUUGUUUUUAGCAAAUUUAACAUUGAAAGGACUCCUCCAUGAUGGGAAAUUCUUGGAACUAUUUGAGCGACAGCCACAUGGUGCAACAGGUGACGACACCGCUUCAAGGGUCGACGAAGAAGAGAACUAUGUCAGUGAUAACUUCGGUGCCCGUUUUUUUGCCACGAAGACUUUCACGUUUGAACUUUUCGUUGCUGGUGUCAAAGCAUUUGGAGCUACCUCGAUCGGACAACAGACUCUAAGGCAGAUGGCCUUGAAGGCGGGGAAUGCCAAAAAGUUAUCUGAGCAGCUCGAUAUUUUGAAAAGGGAAGGUAUUUCGAUAGGUGACACUGCAUUUUCGAGGGUUGUCCGGAAAUUAGCCUCGCACGGAGACGACUUUGUAUUGAAUGAGCUUUUGCAGAGUGAUCUGCACCCGGAAGUCUUCGAGGACCUUAAGACUCAAGAGGACCUCUUUGCUGCCUAUUCUAUUGCAGAUGACCAGCGGCGGGCACGUAUGGUGUUCAAAAUUCUUACCAUCCUAUCUACCGAAGAUAUUUAUGACCAUAACAUCCUUCUCCGAAAUGCGGUAAAGGUUAAGGACUGGCAAAGAAUACCUCUUAUCCUUGAUAAAAUGAGGGAGCAUAGCAUACCCCCUUCACAACAGAGCUUAGAUCUGAUGAUUAAGAAGAUACUACCCGUCCGGAGGCCAGGGAGGCAAGAAGCUAGAGCUCCGGAGAAUCUCCGUGCAAUCACGUAUAUGACUGGCAUCUUGCAAAACUUGGUAAGCGUUGGAGUUGAUGUUUCAGCUCACCAGUGGAAUGAAAUCUUGAAACGAAUUGGGAUGAGGGCCGACUGGAAUGAUCUUCGAAAACUGUGCCUUUGGUUGACACAUUUCUAUUCACCAAUCAAUCCCAAACAGGCAGAGUCACCUCUAACUGACCCUAAUUUCCCUGAACGCUCAAUCCCCAAAUUCGACCAGAAAAAGCUGCUCCUGCCCGCUCAUCCCGACUCUCCCCUCCGCCAGAUCUUUUCCGUGCACCUACAGACCGCAAUAGUCGCGUGGGGGUUUUCUCUCUCACCUAAUUCCAAAGAAAUAUAUUAUAAUACUUUCAGCAAAGAACGCGAAAAAAUCAUCCCCUGGGUACGAGGACACGUCCUCCUGCGGGAACUGAAGGAACUGGGUGUUAUCGUGCAAAUCAACACCGUCCGCAUUGCAACCCGACAUCGACUCGCUGUAUUAUUUGGUGACUACCGGUUAUCCAACCGUCCCAGAAAUCGUAUGUUGCGGGCUGUGAACCCAUGGACACUCGAGGAAAUUUUGCGCGAUAUAGAUAGGGUUUGGGGGUUUUCGGUGUUUGGGAAAAUGGUGGAGGAUCCUCACAGGCUUGUGAACCCUCCACGGCGGUCACGGAACAGGAGUGAGCGGGAUGAUGAGCAAGAUCAAGCGUGGAAGUACGGACGCGUCUCGCAGCAAAUGAAGUAUAGAGAGGAGAAACGAAAGGUAGAGAAACAACUGUAUGAUCGCGUCCAUAAUGAUAUCGAUUAG